AUGCCUCAGCCUCAAACUCUAGGCGUUCAGCAGUCAGUUUCGAACCAACCGGAAUCUCAGAUUAUCUAUACCCGGCCUCAAUCAGCCGCCUCAAUUCUCGAACCGAGACCGCAAUAUCCACAAUCACAAGUUGAAACGGUCUACGCAAGAUCUGGAGUCACACAAAAUAUUCCGCAGCUAGAAACUAUUAUAUCGCAACGCCAAGUUACAUCUGUCGGAUCACAGCCUCAAUCUGAGCUUUCCAUGCCUCAGCAAUCUCAGAUUAUCUCUGCUGAGCAACUUCAAUCGCAGCAUCCGUCGAUCUUAUCAUAUGCACCUGAGCGUCAACCUAUGGAGUAUUCAGGAUCAAUUCAACAACCACAACAACAGCAGCAAAUGCAAAUCCAAGCACCUACAAUUCAGGAGUAUUCCAACUCGCAAUUUGUUCACUCUGGUGCAGCCUCAAUGCAACAAGCGGAAAUAAAAUGUCCUCCAGGAUCAUGUCCUCAAGCGCCAUGUCCUUGUGGAAAUAAUCGAAUUUCAGAGCAGGUUUGA